UCUGCCGACUCGGUUCCAAAGACGGCCGGUCUCCCGACAUCUCCGUCCGUGUCAACCCCUAUCCUUCGUCUUCACGACUUCACCUGCUUCUCCACUCCGCGCCCCCGCCCGCCCCACCGCUCGACGUUCGUCUUGCUCAGAUCCGGCGCAGCGGCGCUCCCCCACCUCUGCACAAGGUGGGCGGGCGGCGGCGCGUGAGCAGAUCAUGCACCGGUAGGACUAGCUUGCUAGAUCUGCAACCGGGAUGGUUCGCCGGUUAGUUCUCUUAUGAAGAUUAGUAAGGGGAGAAAGAAGAUGAGGAACAAACAGAGAAAAUCAUCUGCCCUCGGUUUUGAUGCAGGACGUGGAUAUUCUUUAUCUUGUAUUGCAUGGAGCUUGGUGGGUUUUGGACUCGUUAUCUGCUUCCUUUCCUUUAAACAUCAAGCAGACAGUGGGCAGGCCCAUAUUUAUUUGAGCCAUCUACCUGCGACCAGAGAAUUAGAGGACAUUGAGGAGGAUCAUUUCCGCUUGCCACCUCCUCACAAGGUAAAUCCUCGUGCAGUGAAAAGGCGGGGGCCUCGUAAGCAACGAAAGGUUAUAGAUGAUUAUCUGGAAGAGUCUUCAGCAGUACAUGCAUUGUUCUUCCCUGAUCAAAGAACUGCUGUGGACCCAACAAAAGGGGGAAAUGAUACCAUGUACUUUUAUCCUGGUAGAGUGUGGCUAGACACCAAUGGAAAUGCCAUUCAAGCCCAUGGUGGCGGGGUUAUGUAUGAUGAUAAGACUGCCAAAUUCUAUUGGUAUGGAGAAAACAAAAAUGGACCAACAUACCAAGCUCACCCCAAAGGGGCACAGCGGGUCGACAUCAUUGGAGUAAGCUGCUACUCGUCGAAGGACCUAUGGUCAUGGACUCAUGAAGGAAUUGUGCUUCCUGGAGAGCCUACUAAUGUCACCCACGACCUUCAUAAAUCAAAGGUGCUUGAGAGACCUAAGGUGAUAUAUAAUGAUCACACAGGGAAAUAUAUCAUGUGGAUGCACAUAGAUGAUGCCAACUACACCAAAGCUUCUGUUGGUGUGGCUGUCAGCAACUCUCCAACUGGACCUUUUACUUACCUUUACAGUUUUCGCCCGCAUGGUUUUGAGAGUAGAGACAUGACGGUCUUCAAAGAUGAUGAUGGAGCAGCUUACCUCUUCUACUCUUCUCGUGACAAUACUGAGCUCCACAUUAGUCCAUUGACGGAGGACUAUCUUCACAUCACAGCAUCAGUGAAGAGAAUACUAAUAAGGCGACAUCGGGAAGCUCCAGCUGUCUUCAAGCACCAAGGAACCUACUACAUGAUCACCUCUGGUUGCUCAGGCUGGGCUCCCAACAGGGCACUGGCACAUGCUGCAGAUUCGAUCAUGGGCCCUUGGGAGACACUGGGAAACCCUUGUGUUGGAGGCAACAGGUUCUUCCGGCUGACAACAUUCUUAUCUCAAAGCACAUUUGUGCUUCCCCUCCCUGGUUUGCCUGGUACAUUUAUCUUCAUGGCGGAUAGGUGGAGUCCAUCAAACUUGAGAGACUCCCGUUAUGUUUGGCUUCCUCUGUUCAUUGGAGGGCUGGCAGAUGAACCUUUAGACUACAGUUUUGGUUUCCCUUUGUGGUCAAGGGUGUCAAUUUAUUGGCAUAAGAAAUGGCGCCUCCCAGAGGCUUGGAGGGUGGGGUAUACCUAAUACUGACUGUUGUUGCAGUGAAUACAUAAGAUAGCUAUACUUCAACAGAUAGAUUGUUCAGAAACUUGCUUGAGGUUCCUAAUCAGUUAUUUCCUCAAGCUUUUGUACACAUUAGGCCUCCUAAACAUACUUAAAAGAUACUUUUUUUGUGUGUGUGGAUGUGGGAUUGUCACUAACUUCUGUUGGAAACAAAAAAAAAAGCGAUGUAUUCCAGAUAACCGUGUGGUAUGGCCAUCUUAUUUCA